AUGUCUUUGCGCUGGACUUCACGGGUGCGGAGAAGGGCUAAUACGAGGCUGUCUGUCGUUCUGUGGGAAGAGUAUUACGGCACUCGAGUUGAGAGGCUCCUGUGGUAUGGGAAGUGGGGGAAUAAUGGACGCUUUGGGUCCAUGCUGGUUUGCAAAGCGCCGGUUCUGGCUGAUCCCGAGAUGGAUAUGCAGAAUUUGCGUUUCAGGCGUGCGGACAUGCAUUGGGGCGUCUCGGGAGACCUGGUUGGAGCUGUCACGCAGUGGAUAGAGGGCAGGGACAUGGAAACCCGGGAUUUUCUGGCAAGGCCAAAGGUGGGUUUCGUGGCUUUGCGUGGCGAGCUGUUGGACGACAACGAUGAGAGAGAGAGUAUCUGGAUCAAGUGGAGCGAGGAAGCUUCGACAUUGAUGCUCACCUCGAUCAAGAAUUGGGAACAGAAGGAGAACUUGACCUUGCCUAAUCUGCUUGGCUUGAACGUCAAGGUAUACGAGUAG